CUUUGUGUGGAGCCCUCAAGGGGGGUUGGGGCCCCGGUUCGGUCCGGGGGAGAUGGCGCAGCCCAUCCUGGGCCAUGGGAGCCUGCAGCCCGCCUCGGCCGCUGGCCUGGCGUCCCUGGAGCUCGACUCGUCGCUGGACCAGUACGUGCAGAUUCGCAUCUUCAAAAUAAUCGUGAUUGGGGACUCCAACGUGGGCAAGACCUGCCUGACCUUCCGCUUCUGCGGGGGUACCUUCCCAGACAAGACUGAAGCCACCAUCGGCGUGGACUUCAGGGAGAAGACCGUGGAAAUUGAGGGCGAGAAGAUCAAGGUUCAGGUGUGGGACACAGCAGGUCAGGAACGUUUCCGCAAAAGCAUGGUCGAGCAUUACUACCGCAAUGUACAUGCCGUGGUCUUCGUCUAUGACGUCACCAAGAUGACAUCUUUCACCAACCUCAAAAUGUGGAUCCAAGAAUGCAAUGGGCAUGCUGUGCCCCCAUUAGUCCCCAAAGUGCUUGUGGGCAACAAGUGUGACUUGAGGGAACAGAUCCAGGUGCCCUCCAACUUAGCCCUGAAAUUUGCCGAUGCCCACAACAUGCUCUUGUUUGAGACAUCGGCCAAGGACCCCAAAGAGAGCCAGAACGUGGAGUCGAUUUUCAUGUGCCUGGCUUGCCGAUUGAAGGCCCAGAAAUCCCUGCUGUAUCGUGAUGCUGAGAGGCAGCAGGGGAAGGUGCAGAAACUGGAGUUCCCACAGGAAGCUAACAGUAAAGCUUCCUGUCCUUGUUGAAACCAAACGGUGUAAAUACAAGAUAAAUUAUCACUGGAGUUUUUUCUUUCCCUUUUUUCUGUGCCUGCAUAAUGCUGACACCUGCUUGUUUCCAUACAAAUUGAUAUCAAAAUAAAAUUUGUAUAGAUUA